GCUUAAUUGAGUUUGCCCAUGAUUGCAUGAAGGGGAAACGAUGUCCAACUCCUGCUCUGGCCUGUCAUAUUCGUAGAAGAGAAAAGCGCCUUGGGUCAAGCGCCAUAAUAAAUAUACUAAACUAGCCUCACUUGACUGUGACCUUGUCCAAUGUCUAUCUCAGGCAAGACCACAAGACCAUCAACUUGCAUUAAUUUCUGUAAAUUCUCUGGAAUAGGUAUCAUAACUGAAAGGACAUGCACUCCGGAAAAUCAGGUGGGGUUAAUUAGCAGCAAAUCAGUGCCGGACUGCUUGUGGAGUGUUUCGGAACGCAACAUUUGGCGUCAUGUGCGUCAAGUCGGUCAUUCAAGUGAAGCUCUCAACUAGACGUUAAUUUACGACAGACUUCCAUAUCCCACGGCAAUCUGUCUGUCCAACUGUCUGCCAGAAAGUGGGCUGCUUUGUAUUGUAAACAAAGGACGAAGCACGUGCUAGCAAAGCGCAAGCGCAUGCGCCCGCCUAACAGAACCGUAACAGUGCCGUAACAGAAGGUCCCUUCGGCAGUCCUUUUAAUAGACGCUGCCCGCGGUUGGUCGCUUCAGUGCAGUGUAAGCGGUCGUGCGGUUGGUUUAAACCAGAGGACCUGUACAUGGUGCAUUAAUCUCUCCAUACGUCGAAUCCGUGUCCUGGCAACAAGUGUCCUCCUGCUAGGAUGUGCGUGAGAAGCUCACUGUGCAGUGUUUUAUUUGGUUACUGUGUCGCUUUGCUCUGUGUGACGGUUGUGGUCCUGGCCGAGAACGGGAAUAUAACUCAGCUGGCGCUACCGGGCGAGGAGUGCGGCAGCACUCAGGGUAUGGUGGACGAGUGCUUUAAGGAUUUGCCGCCGCACCUUAUGGAGUUUCUGCAGAACAACAAAAUUGUCAUCAGCAAGAAGGAGAUCACCACCAAGUGCAAUAUUUUCAACCGCGGCAUGAAGUGCUUCGACGCCUACUCGAAGCGCUGCCUGGACGAUCGCAAGCUGGACACGUUCAAGAACAAUGUGGAGGGAGCGCGGCGGUUUUUCUACAAGUUCUGCGGCGACACCGAUUUCCAGCGGGACUACUUGCGGCACAAGGACUGCUUCGCCUACAUCCAGCUGGACUGGGUCACCUGCACGUCCGAGUUCGAGAGCAUCCUUAGUGACGAGGUGCACGACGAGACGCGGAACGCCAGCGAAAAGUUCCUAGAAUUCUGCUGCGCCCGGUACGCGUACGAGAACUGCAUCUACAACAGCGCCCGCUACAAGUGCUACAAGAACUCGGCGGAGUUUGCCCGCGAGACGGCCAAAAUGCUGUCGGACGAGAAGCAUUUCCGGAACUGCGCUGUCCUCCAGAACAUCUGCGUCCACGCCACCGGACUGGGACUGACCCUGGACAGGAGCUGGCUAGGUUGCCAGGUGGCGGCGACGCUGCUGCUGAUGCUGAUGGCGAUGCGGUUCUGGCCGUAAAUCGAAAUGACCAAUACGUGUGGGUGUGGUCAGCUGAAUGGAAUGCGAUAUGGGUGUGGGUGUGGAUGUAGGUGUGGAUGAGGAUGUGUGAAGCGUUUGUGGAUGUCCGAACUUGAGUUUCUGGUUUUUUGGGCUGUCCAAUUGAGAAUGCAAAGCAUUUUAGCUCCCUUAAAGCGCCCUGGAAACUACUCACUCUCUCCCUCUGGGUUUCCCCUCUUUUCUGUGUCUGUGCAUUUUCCGGUGUCGUUGGCUUGAGUGUGUGCGUGUGUGUGUGUGAGAGGCGGGCGGGUUACGGGGUCGGAAAGCGGCACCGGUUUUCUGUCCUAUGUUAAGUAAAAUUAAAUGCAUAUUUCAAAUAAAAAUACAUACUCACGUUGUACUCCUUUUAGUGGUUUUUAUUAGGUGUCCUUGCG